GUAAAUAUGAAACAUUGUUCAUUUUAAGUAUUUUAAAAACCGGAUUCAUGUCAGAUAUUUUUUAAAUACAUAUGAAGGUCUGAAAUAUGAUUUACGAGUUUAUUGCUGUGUCUACCUUUCUGGCGAGCUGUUUGAAUGGGCAAUCCUUUAUUGGGCAAACCGCAAUAUACCAAGAAAGUGAGAUAUCUGUUGAACAUUUACGGACAUUCUUCCUACCUCAGGAUACAUCUCGGUCGCAAAUAUUCGGGAAAAUCAAACAAGAUUUUUUUCAUUUCCUAAAAGAAGAUCUCCUGGGGAAAGAGUAUAUAGUAACAGCUUUGAAAGGAUCGAAAUCAAAUCAUUUUCUGAUAGUUGUCAAUCCCUCUGAUCAAAAUAUUACUAUUGAGAUUGAAUACCCAAAAUAUGAUAGAUACACGUCUAUACCAUGUCUAAAUGGUACAUUGACUUUAAAACUUCAACCCCACCAAACAGACGCUUUACGGUUUGAAUGUGACGUCGCUGGAACAUUUGUGAAUGCUUCGAGAGCGAUGGCUCUGUACUUUGUCUCUACAACUCCUAGCAUAACACUGACUGAACAGGUUCUUCCAAUUAAACUAUGGGGUCAGCACUAUGUGGUGUUACCUUCUGGGAAUCCAGACGACAAGCAGAUUAUUCUCAUUCAAACUGCACAUAACAAUACUGAUGUCCACAUUUUGGGUUAUGAUUACGUCAUUGUUCCAAAUAGAUUUCUCAGCAUACAGAGGCGCAUCAUGGGGACAUUUCCGGUGACGAUCAAGUCAUCCAAACCUGUAUCUGUGUCUCAUGUGUUGUUCUCCGUCAACGAAACAGAGAGUGUGAUGGUCAAUAUCGUUCCUGUAAAAUACAGCGUCGAAAAAAACACUCUGCAAAACUCCCCUGUGUUUGAAUAUGGGUAUUUGAAAAAUUCUGGUUUGGAGGGGAGCCUUAAGGUGCCUCUGUCGCAAUAUACAUAUAAUAAUGGUAGCUUUGACACGUUGCCAGAUACUGUAUAUGGAUGCACAAUGAUGCACACAAGUGCAUCUGAACCAUUGUAUCCCAGAACAAACUGUGGUAAUUGGAACGAUUCCAAGACAGACAACCCCUGGCCUAUAAUGACACCAGGGGACGGAAUAGACAACAAUGACAACGACCAGGUAGAUGAAGAAGAUUGCUUUUCAGAUUUUAUGAACAACAAAAGUACAACUAUUAACAAAACAGAUUGCAAAGUCAGUCCAGACAAUCCCGAGACUCUCUUUGUGAUCCCGACCCCCGAUGAUGAUAGUCUAAUCUUGCAUUGUCCGAUAAUGAACGACGGUGAGGCGUCGUUCUCUUACGAUAAAGGAAUGCAGUGGAGUGACACAACCGGAAACGUGGAAAUCAAACUUGGACAUUUACUUCUUCUUAAAAUGAAAUUUAAUACCAAAAUCAACGUGAUAAAAUGUCAUUACAAAAGUAAUGACACGCAGCAAAUUUCAAACGACUUUUCGAUCCCCUCGGUGGAAAACUUGCAAACACAGUAUGUUGCUGUCUUGCCAAUCUCCACAACAAUCGGAAGUCAAUUCAGUGGAGCAAUUUGCGGUGUUGGAAAUGUAUUUGACAGAACUAAUUUUACUUUUGAUGGAAAAAAUAAAAUUAUUUCUCAUGGAAAUAGUUUUAUUAAACAAAGCAUACGCGAAGACGAGAUAAAUAUGAACCAAGCAUUUAUAAUUGCAAGUCACAUCAUAUCAGUACACUGCUACGUCAAAUAUAAUGAAUAUUAUGUCAUAAAUCAUCUCAUGCCUGUGUCUGGCAAUUCAUUCACCAUCAACAAAACCUCCAAAUACUCUUCAGAAGAACAACUGACAGUAAUAUCUACAGACAGUAAUACCCUCAUACACGUAGUAGGUUUGAACCAAUCAGAAUGCAGCUGUUCCAGAAAUGAGUAUUAUUUGCUGAUAGAGAAAGGCGGUGAUAUCAGACGUUUUCCGAUGGAAGAGGAAUUUGAUGUCUUCUAUAUUCAGUCCAACAAACCUGUGAUUGUGAUGAUUUUCUACAAAAAUGAAAAAAUUGGUUCUUCGUCUUCAUACUUGUAUCAUCUUGAUUAUGUUCCACCAACUAACUUGCAGAGUACCGACAACUUAUGGUCUGAUCAGAGUUUUAAAAGGAGAUACGGUUCAACAUCCAAUCAAAUUCCCGGAGAUCAGAUAGACAAUGACCAAGAUGGAUUAACUGAUGAAGAAUACUGCGGACUUCUAUGGGGUGAUACCGACGUUUUGGAUGUUGAUUUGGAUGGCUCAUUAAACGAAGACUGUAAAGGAUGCCCCGAAGGACAGGAGCUUGAACCUGUAAUGAUAUGCAGCGAUUGCAAUAUCGGAACCUAUCGUGAAAAUUCAUCAUUAAUAGAUAUACCGGUGUGCCAAGCUUGUGCUAAAAACAUGACAACUUUUUACACCAAAAGCGUUUCUUCAGCCGACUGUUUUCCUAUUUGUGAAGAGGGGAUGGAACUUGACAAUGUAACUAGGACCUGUAGACCGUGUCUAGUCGGCUACUACAAGGAUAUCUCGGCAAACGACACUGAAAAAAACGUCACAGAGAGAUUCUGGUGUAAAAAGUGUCCAGAAAACGAGACAACUUAUACCAGCGGAACAGUAGAUGGGGGCCAGUGCAUUGAUCACUGUGGUGUUGGGAUGUACUUGGAGGGAAAUGGCUGUCAUCAGUGUGGUGUAGGGUUCUUCAAGAAUACCUCCAGCGAAAUGUCUGAGCUGAGGGAGGAACUGAGGUGGAAUUGUUCGAAGUGUCCGGAAGGACAAACGACAAGUUCAACAGGGGCAGACAAAUGUAUCGCUAUUUGUGAAGAGGGGGUGGAACUUGACAAUGUAACUAGGACCUGUAGACCGUGUCUAGUCGGCUACUACAAGGAUAUCUCGGCAAACGACACUGAAAAAAACGUCACAGAGAGAUUCUGGUGUAAAAAGUGUCCAGAAAACGAGACAACUUAUACCAGCGGAACAGUAGAUGGGGGCCAGUGCAUUGCUAUUUGUGAAGAGGGGGUGGAACUUGACAAUGUAACUAGGACCUGUAGACCGUGUCUAGUCGGCUACUACAAGGAUAUCUCGGCAAACGACACUGAAAAAAACGUCACAGAGAGAUUCUGGUGUAAAAAGUGUCCAGAAAACGAGACAACUUAUACCAGCGGAACAGUAGAUGGGGGCCUGUGCAUUGCUAUUUGUGAAGAGGGGGUGGAACUUGACAAUGUAACUAGGACCUGUAGACCGUGUCUAGUCGGCUACUACAAGGAUAUCUCGGCAAACGACACUGAAAAAAACGUCACAGAGAGAUUCUGGUGUAAAAAGUGUCCAGAAAACGAGACAACUUAUACCAGCGGAACAGUAGAUGGGGGCCAGUGCAUUGCUAUUUGUGAAGAGGGGAUGGAACUUGACAAUGUAACUAGGACCUGUAGACCGUGUCUAGUCGGCUACUACAAGGAUAUCUCGGCAAACGACACUGAAAAAAACGUCACAGAGAGAUUCUGGUGUAAAAAGUGUCCAGAAAACAAGACAACUUAUACCAACGGAACAGUAGAUGGUGGCCAGUGCAUUGAGCUGUGUAUAGCGGGGAAAGAAUUCAACAAGACAACGGGGUUGUGUGAUCCAUGUAAUUAUGGAUUCUUCAAGAACGUCAGCGGCAACCAUAUUGAUUGUUAUAAAUGUCCGGACAACUUUACAACGUGGCAUGUUGGAGGAACGGAAAAAACACAAUGUAAACCAGCCUUUUGUGAUGAUGGUAAGCAGUCCAACAAUGUAACCGGAACUUGUGAACCGUGCCCAGUUGGAUUCUACAAAGGUCCAUCAAACGAUCGAUGUCAGAAGUGUCCACCAAACAAGACAACUUUCACAAAUGGAUCGGUAUCACUUGAUGAAUGCAUAGAGAACUGUUUUAAGGGAAACGAAUACAACUCAACAACUAGGAAAUGUGCUCCCUGUAAUCAUGGGUUCUUCAAGAAUAUCAGUGGAAACCAUAUUGACUGUUAUCAAUGCCCAGUUAACCACACGACAAAGGUGCUAGGAGCAACCGACAUUUCACAGUGCAAACCAGCCGGUUGCAUGUGUCCUUGUAAUAUGGUACAUACACCUAAAAAUUUCACGGACGAGGAAUUAACGAAAAAUAUAGAAGAGAUGAAGAAAAAGCUUGCUGUCAACAAGCAACAACUAUCAUCAAGCAUCCGGAAGAAGAUCAGCGUCAAGGAUGACCGCCCCUCGGCCAAGGCUGUGGGGUCGGUGGGCGUGGUCAUCCUCGCGGUGUGCUUUGGCUUGCUUAUCGCCCUUGAUUAUGUCACUUUAACCAGGCACAUUCUUGGGCUCCUCAGAGAAAUCAGAAAUCGUUUUCUGAGGAAUUGAACUUGAGUAUUUGGUAAAUGUUUACUGUAUAUGAUUCAGUGGGUUUUUUCUCUUUUAUCGCAACUGUACUUAACUGUAUACACUGUAUGUUUAAAUUUGAAUACUUGGGGAUCAUUUUUUAAUGUUUACAUUGAACUGGUUUUUUUUUUUUACUUCAAAUUGUUUUCCUCAGAUCGUGGAAUUCUGAUUUUCUGUUGUAACAUUUUAUCAUGCAAUAGAAGACAGGAUGAUGGGAAAUAUUUGGUCUCCAUAAAGAAAUGAGAUAAUAUUGAAUACACAUGUAGAUUUUACGGUGAUGUUUCUUAGUUUUUUAUAAGACUCCGAACUCGGAACAGAUGUAGAACCAUUAAAUCAUCACUUCAUUUGUACUAGUGUAUUAGAGUGCGCUACCUGCUUAUUUAAUCGUAGCUUUAAGAAGAACAUGUUUCCUUGUGUAUACCUACAUAUAUGUUGAACUUUGCACCCCUCCAUUUACUGUUGGAACAAUUUUAAUAUGCACUUUAUCAAGCCGUCCAAACUUAAUUCUAUCAAAAGAUCUUUUUGCAGCUAGUCUACAUGUAGCUUGAAUACUUACUGUAUUUGUACUACUGUAAAUGAAUGGAAUCACUCGUUUGAAAUAUUUUGUUUUGUUUUUAUAAUUGUUUUAAAUUUAUAGCCCUCCCUACAAUUUACAUAUGUUUAUGGAGUUAUUGGAUAUGGCUGAUGAUCGGAGAUCGUUAAGGGAAUGUACGAUACGACCAUCUUGUACAUUUGAGAAUAAAAAUGUAAUAAUUUCGUGAACUGGCUUGUUAUUGCCCAAAACUGACCAAAAUUGUUGUCAGAAGAUAAAAGAAAUCAAUAAAUAUGAGGUUCUACUGUUGUUUUGUAAGCAAAUUAUGCUUACAAGAACAGAGCAGUGCGUUAAUUUUUAAUCACUUAGAACUUCGCAGCUACAGAAUUAAAUUCAAAAUUUACAAAUCUGAAAAAAAUAUGAAAGAAUGUCGUUUAUAGUGUCCUCUCUAUAAUAGUUAUAAGUUUUCUAUUUAAAAUAAAUCUUCUAAAUAAGUCUACGGCUGCGCAGUUGUGCAGCUGUUUUAAGUUAUCGAAACGGUAUUGGUCUGUUCUUGUACAGUGUUGUAUGCGUUACUUGCAUACAAAACAACAUGUAAAACCUUAUAAUUUUUUUUUUUGGGGGGGGGGGGUUCUCUUAGGUGCAGUUUUGAACGGUUUCGGUCGGAAACAAGCCAAUAUUCAAAAAUGUUUACAUUUUAAUCAUCAAAUGCACAAGAUGGCCGCGCAACCCCCUUAAAGGUGACGUUAAGACGGAAUAACACACCUGGCAAAAGUCACUCAAAUUAACUGUAAAAGAUUUGAUUAUGAAAGAAUUCAUAAUAAAUAUAUUAACUGUACGUAUGUCAAAUAAGCGAAAAAUUUGCAGUUUGGAGAUUAAAAAAAUUAAUAUCUAAAAAAUUCAAUUCAGUAAGUAACAACUAAAGCCCCUGCGGGAUGCGAACUUUGAAAGUAUACGGAUCACAAGCCCGACACAUUUUCCACUCGCCUAUGGAGUAAGCUACAAAAUACCGUCGGUAUUUUUUUCUUAAACGACUUUAAAAAAAAAAAUAACUAAAAUUAAUUAGCCUCUGGAGUCUUCGUAAUAAUACUGCAAGUUGUAGUUUUCGAGAAAAGGAGUUUUGUAGAAUUCCCCAAAACAUCCCUAUGGGUGAUAUAUCCGUGCUAUCAAUGUGGCAUAAUUAUUCGUGAUCAGUUAAAACCUAGCUAUUGAGAGCACGGAGUGCACGCAGACAGACUUCCAUAUACGAAUAGUUGUACCUAAUAUGUAAACAACAUUCUUAUAAGGAAGAAUUUGUUGUUCCUCAGGUCUAGCGUACUGAUUGACAAUAACUAUGAUUUGCGUAUUAAAUGGAAACAGAGGGAAAUGUUGAUUUUAAAAAUACGUUUUCUUUGGCGGUUUAUAUAGGCUAUUAAGCGGAGAUCAUUGAAGAGAAAAUUAAGCCCGUUUCUAACAAUAAAAAGGGCAUUUCAUUGCAUAAAUUCAUGUAAGUUUCGUCAUUGUGUCCCCUCCCCUCUCUUUCUUUCAAAGAAGGGGGGGGGGGGGGUUGGCGACUCUAGACUCAC